AUGUUAGGGCUAGAAAAAAGGCGAUGGGUUUUUGUAGCGAUGAUGAUGGGCAGUUUCAUGUCAAAUUCGUGCUGUAGCACCGAAAAGUAUCCUUGGCUUGAGCAAAUUUCGCGCCAAGAGGAACUUACAUUAGGCUGUGACAAUUUAGGCGUAAGUAGACGCACCCCGUAUGACGUGUCUAAAUUGAGUCACAUCCUAGUCGACCACAGUCACAAAUUGUUGUAUUGUUACGUGCCCAAAGUGGCAUGUACCAAUUGGAAACGGGUUAUGAUGGUGCUGACUGGUCAGUCCAAUGCUAGUAAUCUAGUCAGUAUACCAGCGAGUGAGGCGCAUUUCAAUGGUUCAACAAUCAGAUUAUCGCAACUGCCUGAAGCUGAAAUAAAACAGGUCCUAUAUGAAUACACUCUCUUCCUAAUUGCCAGACAUCCAUUUGAAAGAUUGCUAUCUGCUUAUCGGAAUAAAUUUACUGAUAAUAUCCCUAGCUCAAAGUAUUUCCAGGCUCGAUAUGGAAAGCAUAUAAUUAAAAAAUAUCGCUCCGCUGCUACAGAAUCUGACUUGGACUCUGGUGCAAAUGUAUCGUUUCCAGAAUUUGUUACUUACUUAUUGAACGAAGGUGUGGACUCGAACGAACACUGGGCACCAAUUUACGACUUGUGCUUGCCUUGUACCUUGAACUAUACGUUUAUUGGUCACUAUGAAACCCUUGCCCAAGACUCCAAAACAAUACUGGAAAUGGUAGAUGCGCCUCCGAUUGUUUUUCCAGUGACCAGGGCCGGUCACACAAGAGAUAAAUUACGCGAAUACUUUCAGCAAUUAUCUAUUUUCAAUAUUGAACAUUUGUACAAAAAAUAUCUUCCUGACUUUAAGUUAUUUGGUUACGGUUUAGAGGAUUUAUUAGGGUAUGACUUAGCAUAA